AUGGCCAUGGAGUCAGCACGCAGGCUCUGCCUGGCUCCACCCCAUGGACUUCCACUCACCGAGGCUCAUCUGACCUCUGCCACAGCUGAGUGUCCAACCCACCGGCAGCAGAGGCCACUGCUGAGCCCCCAGGAAAGCGGUGGUGCCAGGCUGCAGGGGGGCUUAUACCCUGAAGGUUGGGACUGGAUGCCGCCGUACAGGAAGACCUACCUGCUCUGCCAGGGCCCGUGGGGGUCCACUCUCAGUCAUCCAAGGAAAGCCCCUUCCCUGCCACUUCUCUCUGUGGUGCUUUGGGGUGCCCUCCUGGGGGCUGGCUCUGUCCCCCACCUGGCCUGGGGGGCAGGGACCUUCACCCUGGGGGUGCUGGGUCCCUGGGACUGUGACGCCAUCUUUGCCCGGGCCCUUCCCAGCUUGGCUGCCCAGCUGGCUGUGGACCGAACCAAGGGGUACUCCUCACUGUUGCUGGGCUCACGGCUGGCUUCCGCGGUCCUCCCCACAGGCUGUGACACCCCUCACGCCCUGGCCACAUUCCUGGCCCACAAGAACACCGUAGUUGCUUUUGUGGGCCCUGUCAAUCCUGGCUACUGCCCAGCGGCAGCCCUGCUGGCCCAAAGCUGGGGCAAGACCCUCUUCUCCUGGGCGUGUGGAGUUCCGGAGGGAGGAGGUGAACUGGCACCCACCUUGCCUUCCGCUGUCCACGUGCUGCUGUCCAUCAUGAGACACUUUGGCUGGGCUCGCUCGGCCAUUGUGUCCUCCCACCAGGACACCUGGGUGGCCACAGCCCAGCAGCUGGCCACAGCUUUCAGGACACACGGGCUGCCUGUGGGGCUGGUAACCUCUUUGGGACCUGGGGAGCAGGGGCCCGAGGAGGUCCCGAAGCAGCUCUGCACCGUGGACGACCUGAAAAGUAAGUACACGCAGGCGUCUUCCUCCUGUGAGCAGCCCCAACUGCGUGUGGCCACUGUGGGCGCUCCUUCUGCAUCAGACGCUGGGCUGAGCACUCACAACGGCCCUGCCUUUAGCCUCACAACAGUCCCGUGCUUCAGCAAUGACGUGAGGCCGAUCAAACCCCCGCUUCGUAGGGCGAUGUGGGAGCUUCAGCAUGAGAACGUUGCCACCUGCUUGGGCUUUUUCAUGGCCCCUGGGGCCAGUGCUCUGGUACUGGAGCACUGCCCCCGGGGCAGCCUGGAGGACCUGCUACGGAACAAGGCCCUGCCGCUAGACUGGACCUUCAAGGCCUCCCUGCUGCUGGAUUUGAUCCAGGGCAUGAGGUAUCUGCACCAUAGACGUUUCCCCCAUGGCCACCUCAAGUCCAGAAACUGCGUGGUGGACGGCCACUUUGUCACUGACCAUGGUUACGGAGCGCUCCUGGAUGCUCAGUGGGCUCCCUGGCCCUGGCCAGCCCCGGAAGAGCUGCUGUGGACGGCUCCUGAGCUGCUGCGGGGGCCUGCAGGCCCCGGGCCGGGCACCCUCCAAGGGGACAUCUUCAGUAUUGGCAUCAUCCUGCAGGAGGCGCUGAUGUGAGGCCCGCCCUACUGCUCCUUGGGACUCCCAGCAGAAGAAAUCAUCAGGAAGGUGGCGUCUCGCUCUCCUUUGCUCCGGCCGCUGCUGUCCCCUGACAAGGGGCCACCCGAGUGCAUCCAGCGGAUGAAGCAGUGCUGGGAGGAGGCUCCAGAGGACAGACCGAGCCUGGACCAGAUCCACACCCAGUUCAAAGGCAUCACCCAGGGCAAGAAGGGCAUUGCUGACUCUAUGCUGCGGAUGCUGGAGAAGUGUUCCCAGCACCUGGAGGACUUGGUCCAGGAGUGGACCGAGGAGCUGGAGCUGGAGAGACAGAAGACAGAAACUCUCUCCCAGAUGCUCCCUCGAUCUGUGGCCAAAGCUCUGAAAAUGGGGGCAACUGUGGAGCUGGAGUAUUUUGACCAGGUCACCAUAUACUUCAGUGACAUUGUGGGUUUCACCACCAUCUCAGCCCUCAGUGAACCCAUUGAGGUGGUGGGCUUGCUCAACGAUCUCUAUACGCUGUUUGAUGCUGUUUUGCGAAGCCAUGAUGUGUAUAAGGUGGAGACCACUGGGGACGCCUACAUGCUGGUGUCGGGGCUGCCUCGGCGCAAUGGGAGCCGGCAUGCGGCUAAGAUCGCCAACGUGACCCUGGACAUCCUUAGCUCUGUGGGCGACUUCCGGAUGAGGCACGUGCCCGAUGUCCUGGUUCGUGUCAGGGCUGGCCUGCGCUCAGGGCCCUGUGUAGCGGGGGUCGUGGGUCUCACCAUGCCUCGGCACUGCCUCUUUGGGGAUGCUGUCAACACGGCAUCCCGGAUGGAGUCCACAGGCCUGCCAUACAGAAUUCACGUCAGCCGAAGCACUGUGCAGACACUGCGCAGCCUUGAUGAAGGCUACAAAAUUGACAUCAGAGCUCAGACUCAGCUGAAGGGCAAGGGUGUAGAGGAAACCACCUGGCUGGUGGGGAAGACAGGCUUCCCCAGACCCCUCCCCUCACCCCGGGACAUCAAACCUGGAGAGCUCUGGCAGGACCUCAUAAACCGAGAAAUCAGGGCAGCCGUUGCCAAAGCCCGCCAGGAUGCGGCUGGGACCCGGAGCUCAGGGACGGCUUGGGCCCGGACUCGAGGAGAGGACAGAGUGGGGCAGGUGUCCACACCGGCCCAGAGAGUUGUGUCCCCGGACGCGUCCAUCUUCCCCGCCCUGCUCCACUUCCUUUAA